AUUUAGACAAGGUCCCCUCGGCAUAACUACGAAUGGACUCUUCCACUUUCCCUGUGCAUUCUGGGACCUCAAUGGACGGCCAUUGAUCAUCCAAAACAGCCGCUAUCGACGCCAAAAAGUGCAGAAAAUCAAGCUCAUACUCCGAAAACCACCAGAACAGGAUGCUGAGAUGGCGACGCUGGAGGAGUUAGAUAUCGACGUGGUGGAUCACUUCCAGUCCAUCGUGUCCAGUCUGAACACGCAGCGUCAGCAGGGGCACCUGUGUGAUGUCACCGUUAUCGUGGAGGGACAGCGCUUCCCCGCGCACAAGGGCGUCCUGGCAGCCUGCAGCGCGUACUUUGCAGCAGGGUUCGACCAACCACAGAAGGUACUGGAGGUAGAACUGACUGAGGUGAGUGCAGCAGGGUUCCAUGAUGUGCUGGACUACAUGUACACGGCCAAACUGGACCUGGACUCCAACAGGAUAGAUGCCAUCUAUGAGACUGCUCAGGUCCUACACAUGAAGGCAGUGCUGAAUCUGUGUUCCCAGCAGUUCAAGCCUCAGGUUCAAGGUCACAAUGCAAGUAACCUUGACCUUCACGAGUCAACAGCCUCCAUGGCGGCACAGCUUCUCAGCCUCGGGUCACAGGAGGGUCAGAGGUCAGACAAAGGUUACCUGGAUGGUGCAGCAGCCAACAACUUGGGCGAGACGAGUGCUUCCUCUCAACGGACAUAUGACCCUGUCGAUGUGGGAUUUGAGGAUGUUUCGGACGAUGACAAUGACUCAUCGUUGCAGAAAACACCCCAAACACCUGAGAAGACAGAAGAAAAGGACAGCGAGCUUGGCAGUAUCCGAACGUCGAUAGUCCAUCUUGACUCCACGCGCACGCUCAAGAUCCUGUACUGCCCGACCUGUGACAAGCCUUUCAAGGGGAUGGGGGAGCUGCGACAGCACUUCCGCACACACUCCAAGGAGAGGCCGUACGAGUGCCCGGUGUGUAAGGCUCGCUUCAUCCAGCAGGGACACCUGUCAGGCCACAUGAAACUGCACAACCAGAAGGAGGACAGGUCUAUCAAGUGUCCGGUUUGUGAAGCUGGGUUUGUUAAUGAGGCUACGUUGAAGAGGCACCUGAACAGUGUUCAUCCCACCUACACAACCACCAAGAAAGGUUCUCUCCGCAGCAAGACAAAAGCUGAGCUGAAGGAGGCCAUCAAAGUCAAGAAGAGGGGCAACAUCGCCGAGGCAGUGCAAAAAGAAGAGGCAAUGAAGAAGAGGGAGGAAAGCCAGGAGGAAGAACAGGAAGAAGAACAAGAGGAUGAGGAGGAUGUAGAUGAUGAUGAAGAUGAAGAUGAGGAGGAGGAGUUGGAAGAAGAAACAUUGGAGGAGGAAGAAGGAGAGGAAGAUGUUAAGGAUAAGGACUGGAAACCUCCAGGUGGAAGGAAAGGAAGCAAGCCCCCUGCACGGACUGGAGUAGUUUUGAGAAAGAAAAGAGGACCAAAGCCUAAAGAUGGCAUGGAAGUUCAAUGGACCACGAGUACUAUGAAGGUGGAAGGUGGUGUAGCUGUGAGGGUGUACAGGUGUAACUACUGUGACAAGGUGUGCUCCAGCACCUGCAACAUGAAGCAGCACAUUCGCACACACCACACCUUCGAGCGGCCCUACGAGUGUGAUGUGUGCGGGGCAAAGUUCAAGCAGCGUGGCCACCUUUCUGACCACCACAAGGUCCAUGCUGACAGAAAGAACUGUCCCUACAAGUGUGACAACUGUGGAGCCAGUUUUGUGAAGCUGCACGCCCUGUCACGCCACAUCCGUAAGAUGCACAAGGAGCAGGCCCACAGACUGUCCACGUGUGAGCUGUGUGACAAGACCUUCCCUCGUCCUGCCAUGAUGAGGGUACACAUGCAGACAGACCACAAAAACUACAGACCCUUUGGCUGUAGCGAGUGUGACAUGACAUUCCCAACCGUGGGGCGUCUCAACAAACACAAGGAGAUCCACGUCCCUGAUCGCAAGCACGAUUACCAGUGUGAGAUCUGUGGCAAGAUGUACCUGACCAAGGCUGGUCUUAAUAACCACACACGCCAUCACACAGGAGAGAAGCCCUAUGCCUGUGACCAGUGUGAUGCUAAGUUUGCAGAGUCCAACAGUCUGAAGGUGCAUAAGCUGAGGCACAGUGGGGAGAAACCCUUCCUGUGUGAUGUGUGUGGUGCAGCCUUCACCUAUCCCAACUCUCUCAAGACACACAAACUCCUGCAUACAGGUGAGAUGCCGUACGAGUGUAAGGAGUGCGGUAAGCGGUACCAUAACCAGUCUGCGCUGAUCCGCCAUGUCAAGCUGCACUCCGGCAUGAAGCCGUUCGUCUGUCCCGACUGUGGGAAGGGCUUUGUGUACCACGGGGAGAUGACCAGGCACAGACGCAUUCACACCGGAGAAAAGCCAUUUGUGUGUGACGUGUGCGGCUCAGCCUUCUGCUACUCCUCCCAACUGAGAGAACACAAGAAGAUCCACACAGACGAGCGUCCCCACCAGUGUGACUUCUGUAAACGCAGGUUCAGGGCAUCCAACCAGCUCAAACGCCACAGGUACACCCACACAGGAGAGUUUCCUCAUGUUUGUGAUAUUUGUGGGAAGGGGUACACUCGCUCAGACAAGCUGAAGGACCAUAAGAAACAGCACGCCAAGGAGAGCAGCGGUGCUGCCGUGCCCAAGGCACCUCGUGCACCCAGGAAACCUAAGGAGACUAUCUCAUACAACAAGGCUCCUAUACCAACUGUCCUUACUCAGACACCACCACCUCCUCAGAUGCCCCAGCAGCCUCCCCCACCCCCACCCCAGCAGCAGCAGCAGCAGCCGGGGUCCUACCCCCCUGUCCAGACCUUCAACACCCCCGGGGCCAUGGCACGCUCCUACGGCAGCCUCACCAUCCCCGUCAGCUCCAUCAGCCAGGCACCCCCCAUCUCCCCACACCCUCGGGCAGACAUGACCCACCCCUCGCCCAGCCCCCUCCCCACACACGCCCCUCCCCAGCCCCACCACCUGCAGCACCACCAGGGGUACGAUGUGGGGAUGGGGGGUGUACCCACGAGCCACCAGGGUGGGGGGCUGUACAUCCCCUCCAUCGUGCCCCAACUCAUGCUCAAUCCAACCAAUGAGGAGAGGUAUUACAUGCAGCAACAGCUUCAACAACAAUGAGAUAGUAUCACUGAUUGGUUGCAGAACUUUAUGGAAAAAUCAUUGACCUUUAUAAGUCAAUAAAAUAAGUUAAUAGUGGUAUAGACUUGUGAAUCCGUAUGUUGACCAAUGUACUGUACACAAUACAAACAUGAUAGUAUGUUACACAUACAAAAUCAUAGCUGUAAUUAAAUGUAGAAAAUGUUAUACUUGUAGACCUAUGUCCCGUUGCAUAUUUUACUAAAACUUUGUAUCUUGAUAGUCAAACAUAACUGCUAUGAUCAAUGUAAUGUAACUGGCACCAAUCACUAAAUCAUAUAUCUAAACUUGUUUUGGUAAAACACUUCUUGAAGUUGUGCUAUAGUAUACAACUACAUGUAACAACAAGUGAUGCCUUGGUUCUUCUAAGUCAUUCUGUUUCAUGCUUGUAUUUGAUGGUAAGGGCAUAUCUGUUUAAAAAAAAAACUAUCAGUGUUUUAACUUGUUUUGGCAAUACAUGUAUAUACAGUAAUAUUUUUACUUAUAGUUCUCAGUACAUAUCCAGUUGACCAAUGAAUGCUGUGACUGUGACUGACCCUUUGUUGUAAAAGACAGGGAAAAUAUAUAGCUUCUCACAAUGGCUGGCAUUACUUCUCUUUUGUUACAUUGGUAAUCACUAUGUAAUGUCACAUGUUGCAUUCUAUACUUAUAUGUUUAAAGAGGUGCUUCUUUUCAGAAAGAUAUAAUACAUGGUCUUGAUCAUGAUAUGAAAGUAUAACAAGUCAAAAGGAAAUACUUUGCCUAUCAGUGUUUUUUACGAUUGGCAAACACAAAUUAUUGCUUGGUUUUGGCUCCCUGCAGAAAAUAGUGGGAGACUUCACCACGUAGAAAUGCUCCGUACGUUUUUAUUAUGUUUUAUCUAGAUGGAGUCCAUGGAAUGGACAUCAGUUAUGAUUUUGGAAUGUUUUUCCCAGUUUUUGUUAACUUACCUUUUUUAAGUUAAGCAGCAACAUUUGUAAUAGGCUUGACGUACGUGUGAAAAACAAGAUUAUAAGUACUUAGCAUAAAUAUUUCUAGUAUAAGGCCCAGAUGUAUGUUUAGGCAGGAGCAAAUAACACUAUUAUUAGUAAAGAAAUUAUUUUACUUUCUACAAAAUGUUGUGGACCAAAAUCUUGCUUUACAAAGAUUGCAAUGGUAAAUAUAAACAUGAAGGAUUUAAGAUUGUGCAACUGAUGAUAAGUUUUGGUAUUUGAAAUGAUGUCAGAACAUCAGUAGGCACACGAUUAUAGGUGAUUGCUUAUCUUGUAUAUGUAAAAUUUCUGUGAACUUUUAUCCAUGGAAAUGCCAUAACCAUAAUAUGAUGUUGCUGAGAAGUGCAGAAAUAUUACUUGUUAGUUUAUUAUGGUUUAUAUCUCAGAGUCAAACUGAACUAAAUUCACUGUUUAAUUCAUCCAAUAUGUUAUGUAGGAAAUUGUAUGUGGCAUGUCUAUUUUAGUGUUGUCAUUUGUCAAAAGGGGUGCAUCAGUUUGUCUAUAUUGAGUCUGUAAUUUGUGUAUUGACUUCUCUGAUGAUAUUUAAUGAUAUAAAAAGUCUUAUUGUCUUUUGUGCUGUCAAUGUAUUAUCUGCCAUAUAUCGUACAUAAAUGAAGAUGCACAUUAAUGUUAUUAAACUGAAGUAGCAGUA